CGGGCCUCUGUCUUAAAGUUGUGGUAGUGUUCGCAGGUUUAUUGCUCGUAAGGGAUUUGUUGAAUUUAUUUAAUUUUGCGAACAAAAUUAUUCGUAAUAUUUAACAAAAAAUUCUUGCAAUUCAUACCGAAGAUCGAGAACGACUCAUGGGUGAUUAAUACUAGCAAGGAUCUUAGAAAAACUAAGAUAUUAUGUGCAAAAAUAACAGUGACGUGUUGUUCCCAUCUUGACAUCUUGGAGAGAAUAAAUAAAUGUAAUUAUAGUCCCUAGUUAGACUGUUUCUUCAAUACUUCAUAAUAUAAAUCGUCGAUUCACCACUGUUACUUUCUGUUGCAAAUCAUUUAAUAUUUGAGACGAUUCAUGCUCCUGUUAAUAACCUCGGUUCUCUUCCUCAAUUUUUGUACGCAAAUGAAUGAUUACAUCACUAAGGUCUUGACUAAUGUCUUGAUCAUCUCCACAUCACUUAACUUUUUUCUCGAUCGAGUAUACAAUGUGUCCAGCCACAUCUUACUUCCUGUACAUUACAUUCCAAGUGUCUAUUCAGCUAUCGCUGAUCAUUUUUUAGGGAUAUACUAGAAACUUUUACCAUUAGUCUUUACCAGAAGAUCCCUCUAAAAAAUGUAUUGUCACUUAUUUAUUUUAAAUUUUUACUGUCAAAAAUAUUUAACUCAUCAAUAUUUUUAUAAAUCCUCAUUAGCUUAUGCACAUUAGAAUGUUUUACAAUGGGGUAUUCACCCAGGCCAGCCUGCUAUCAACUAGUCAGAGGAUACAAAUAGACUGACUAUUUUCAUUAUGUCGGGUUCCGGCGGAGGAGCGGACCAACCUCCAGGUUCCGACGAACCACCUGGAGCCGUAUUAAACGAAGCGCCUGAUCCGACUGCUGAUGAGAAAGAUGUUUGUGAGCCGAACAAAAGCCAACUAGAAACUCUCAAAGAGAUCAUGUUCCGAAAUAAAGAAAGUUUGAAGAAAAAGGAAGAGGAGGUUCAGGAGUAUGCUCAAAAACUUUCCAAAAUUAAAUCCAGAGCGAAGCUUUCCCGACGCAGUAGGGAUCCAUCAUCAUCUGUCGAAGGCACACCUGAAAUGGUAGCCAAAUCAAAAAUUUCUAGUCCUUCAGUCGAGAAUUUCAACAGCACGAUUGAAGAUAUUAGCCAAGCCAGAACCCCGAAAGCUAAGUCUUCCCUUCUACAAAAAAAACUUGCAGAGAAUAGGAAAAUAUUUGAGCAACGGAGCAGAGAGAUGACGGAAAAUAAAAGAGCUGUUGAAGAGAAAGUUGAAGCCAUACGACAGCAACUAGAUGAAAGCGAUACGACUACACUGGAAUUACAAAAAGAAGUUUCCACAGUUGUUCCUGUUCAACCAGUCGUCAUAACGCUUCCGAGCUCUGGGUUGCAACAUUUUAAUGUGCAAGAUAAGGAUCACAGAAUAGCCGAGCUCAACAAUAAAAUUCUAAUGCUAGAAGCUACAGUUCUUGACUUGGAAGAGAACUUGAAAGAAAAAGAUUCUGUUAUUGAUUCAAAAGCCAAGGCUGUAACAUUAAUGACCGCGGACCUAUCCAAGAAAAGUAAAUCAACUUUAGAUACACUCGAAGAUACGAAAGAUGAAAUGCGAACGAUGCAGUCUAACUUUGUCCUUAUCGAAAAGUCCCUGAAACAUAAAAUAGAUAGCUUGUUGCAACAGCUUCAAGGAAGGGAUGGUCAAAUUGCAGAGUAUGAAAACACUGUUGGACGAUUGAAAGACGACCUGGAAAAACAAAAACUUAGGGAUAUCUGUACUGCAAACUUUUCUCGUGCAACCUUUGAUACUUUAGCGGAAACAGAGGAAGCUAUGAAAUCAAUGCAAGAAAACUUCAUCCUCAUAGAAUCGUCACUUAAAUCAAAAAAUACCCAUCUUCUGGAUCAAUUGCAAGAGCGUGAAAUUAAACUAGCAGAAGCUGAACAAAGGAUAUUCACCCUAGAGUCUAGUGCCGGCAAUAUCCCUCCUCCAGACGUCAUUCAACUACAAUCCAAAUUAGCAACUAUAGAGCAGCAAAAUCAUCAAUUGCAGGAUGAAAAAUAUGAAUUACAAAAAUCAGUGGCCCAAUUACAAGAUAGAGUUAUUUCCCAGGAACCUGCGGUGAGCAAUGGCUUGAUUGUCGAAAAAGAUAAUAGAAUAGCCGAAUUAGAGAAUCUGGUUGAAGAGUUAAGAAAGUCGAACCAGUUACUAUUAGAAGAAUCUAGAACAGAACUGCAGAAUCAAAUUGUAGAAUUGACGUUCAGAAACGAAGAAUAUGCCAAUCAAGUCAGUGAUUUGGAAAAAUUAGUACAUGAUCUCGAAACAGAGAAAAACGAACUCUCAAAGAGAAUAACAGAAAAUAGUGAAGAAUUGAAAGAGGAUGCUCAAGUGACUAAACUAUCCAAGGAGCUGGACGAGUUGAACAAAAGUAUGAUCAAGCUGAAGACGCAACAUAAAACCAAAGUUAAAGGCUUGCAAAAACAACUUGAAAGCUUCAAAAAGAUAUCUGACGUGAAUGCAGAACUGGUGAAACUAAGAAAUCAAGUGACACUACUAGAGGAAGAGAAAGGUAAUCUACAGCUCAGUCUGGUAGACUUUGACGAGCUUAAAGCUUCUGCAGGUGACUGGCAAGAACGUAUCGUUGACCUGGAAACCAAGAUUUCAGCGCAAAGCAAUGAAAUAGACUCCCAGCUGCAGGCAAUUGCCAUUUUGGAAAACCAAAAGUUGGAUCUCAUGCAAGAACUACACACCGUCAAACAAGAAGUCUCGACUCUGGAAGCAGAAAUUGCAGAAUCUGAAAACCUCAGGGUAACUGCAGAGAUGAAGGUUGUCGAACUUGAGGAACAGUUGGAUGCACUGCAUAAACGUAUGGUUGAACACAAGCAAUCUGAUGUAAAUAAAUCUGAGAAAAUUGAAUACUUGGAUAAGUUGGAAUUGUUAACGCAAGAGAACCAUAACUUAAUUAUCAAGCUGACUAAACUAGAAGAAAAGGGAACAUCUGAUGCUGGCUCUACGGAGUCCUUCGAAACUCUUCAUGAAACCGACAGAAACGAACUCAUGAAAAAGAUAGACAUUUUAACACAGGAGAAUAGUAAUUUAAUCAUAAACUUAACGAAAUUGGAAGAGAAAAUUGGUACUACAGACUUUUUUGGAACAUCAAAUGACACGAGCAAGAGUGAGUUAUUGAAAAAAAUUGACGACUUGAUUCAAGAAAAUAAUAGCUUGCUUGUGAAGAUAGCAAAGUUGGAAGAGAAAAGCUCUUCCGAUACUGGAUCUACUGAAUCGUUUGAACGCAUACCUGAACAUGUCGACAAUUUAACAAGACUAGAUAUAUUGACGCAAGAAAAUAAUGAACUCGUUAUAAAGUUGAUUAAACUUGAAGAGAAAUUGGCUCAAAUCGAAGAAAGUCCUAAUUACAAAUCAAAGGCUGAAACAAUGGCUGAUGAUGAUGUUUCCGUUUUAAAAAAUAGAAUCCAUGCAUUAACUCAAGAGAAUAAUGACCUCGUAAUUCAACUGACGAAAUUACAAGAAAAGGGAGGUGAUUUUCUGCAAGCCGUUAACCAAAAAGCUCAGCCCAUUGAUAUCCUGAUGCAAGAAAAAUCAGCGGAUCAAACUGAUAAGCAUGAUGUCUCGGUAGUACGAGUUACUAAUCUGGAAGAAACCAAUGAGAGUUUCAAGAUUAUGUUCGAUGUUGCUACUAACGAAAAAGAUGCUCUUCAGGGUAUCGUCGAUUACAUAACAACAAAUAAUUUUGCUAGGGAACUUGUCGAAAAAUUAAACCAGUUGAGUCAAAAAAAUCAAAUAGCAUACCAAUUGGUACGAGAAGAAAUAAGUAAAAUUCUAGAUAAAGUUACACAACAAACUGAUGAAAUGCAAGAUAUAGGCGCAUCUGAAGAUUCGGUUGGUUAUCAAGAAUCUGCAACGAUAACUUUACUAGAAAAGGAAAUUGAAAUCUGUAAGAAAUUCAUUACAGAACAAAAAGAAAUAAUGGAAAAUAUGGAACUGAAAUUAUCCGAAAAAGAAGACCAAUUACAAUUACAAACUAAAAAAAUUUCCGAAUACCAAGCUGCAAAUGAGAAUCUCGAAGAACUUCAGAAGGAAUUGAAGGACAGUCUCGGUGUUAUUCAAGAAUGGCAAAGAAGAUGUAAGCAGAUGGAAAGUAAGAUAAAUACCUUAGAGUCUGAGAAAAAAUCUAUUGAGAAAGGCUUGAAGGAGCUCGAGGCUGAAAAUGUGAGUUUGGUGACACAAUCCGAAUACAAAAAUAUUGAGUCCAUGAGUUUGAAGAAAGAAUUGGAUGAUACUAUUUCGCACCUUGAAAUCAAACUGAACGAAGCGAUCGCACUCGUAUCUGCAAAGGAGGAUGAAAUAAUGGCUUUGAAACAAGUUGUUUCAAAUAAAGAUGCAGAUCUUCAUGACAAAUACGAAAAGAUACAAAACGAAAUGAUAACUAUUGAUAGCUUACAAGAAGAUCUCAAUAAUUACAAACAGCAGUUCAAUUACCAAGCGAAUGCGAUAUUAUCACUUAAAGAAGAAAUCGUGAUACUGAAAACAAGCUGCACAUCUAAUGAAGAGGAAAUUGCUAGUGGCAAAGCUGAAAUUCAAAACUUACAAAUAAAAUUGGAACACUCCAAGAGCUUGGAAGAAUUCAAUACUUUGAAUCAAACUUUGAACGACAAGCAACAGGCACUAAAAGAGAUGCAGAAUAAAAUCAAUGAACAAGCUGAUGAAAUUAUUUCAAUGAAUGGUCAAAUUGAAACUAUGACUCUCAACAUUCACAAUAUGGAAAAUCAAUUGAUCGGAAAAGCCAAUGAAAUAGCUCAAUUGAUGGAAUUGAAUAAAGAUCUACACAAAGAGCUGAACCAUGCUAAAAAUGUUGAAUCCACGUUAACGACCCAAAUAUCUCACUUACAAAAUACAUUCGACCAAAAUAGUAUUUAUGUGGACGAUCUCCGUGGAGAACUGAGUGGUGUGUACAAAAAAUUAGAACUCGUGAAAGCACAGCAUAUAGAGGAUACAGCACUGCAAAAUAGAAGAUUAGAGGAUUUGAUUGAGGACUUAAAUAGUAAAUUGUUGGAAAACGAAAGCCUGAAGUCUGAAAUAGAAGAAAAACACAAACUUUUGGGCCAAAAUGUAACAGAAGAAUGCAAAAUAGCUUUGGAAUUGAGAGUGGCAGAUCUCGAAGAAAAAUUGUCAGAAUCUGAGAUAAAAGGGAAGGCGCAGCUUGAUAAGAUGAAAAAAAUAGCUGCAAAUCUAAAGAAAAAGGUUACUCAGUGUCAAGAUCUAGAAGCAAAAGUCUCUGACCUUGAGGAGAAGUGGCAUUCUGAGAAAUCUGAGAAGGAAACUAUUAAUGAAAUUAUUCGCGAAAAAGACAUUAAAAUAUCUGAGCUUGAGAAAAGAGUUCUGGAGAGCGAAAACCAAGCAUCGAUGGCUUUGGAUAACGUAAAAAGACUCGUGCAAGAAAUCGAUGUUUCUAAAGAGAAAGUCACUUCAUUAAUGGAACAAGUCACAGAAAUGGGUGAGGAAAUCGAAAAAUUAAGAUUAGAAACAAAUGAAAAAGCUUGGAAAUUAGAGAUCGAAAAAGAAAAGACACAGAAGCUACUUACCGAGUACCAAGUCUAUAAGGAACAAAUAGGUACCAGGUAUGAGAAACAACAACAGGAUUUAGAAGAAGCUACCGAACGCGCCCGAGAACUUAGAGUACGGAUGGAAGUGAUGGAAAGUGAAUAUGUUGAACAAUUGAGUUUGAUUCAGAAAUUGAAAGCUGAAAACGGCAUGUUAUCCUCGAAAGAAACUCAAAUAAACGAGAAACUAGAAAAUGUUGAAAAGGAAUCAGAGGAACGAUUAUCUCUGUUGGAAAAACUCCAGAAGGAAAAAUCAGAUGUCCUUGAAAAAGUUGAAGCAUACAAAGUGCUAACUCUGGACUGUGAGUUAAGAGCAGAUGUGACCCAAACAUCUCAAAAGCAAUGUCAAACUUCAGUUCAAGUAUUAGAAGUAAAACUGCAAGAACGCGAUGCUGUAAUUGAAUCUUUGGAAAUAGAACUCGGAAAAUCUAAUGACAGAGUUAACAAAUUGGAAGAAGCUUUAGUUGCUGUUGAAGAGCGGCGUUAUAGUUUGGAAAAGACGACCGAGUUGUUAGGUGCUGAACUAGAGCAGUCGUUCAGAAUAACAGAGGAAGCUUCGUUUAGCGAAGAUAUGUUGGAACAGAGAUUGGCAACACUAACGGCUAAAGAUGAGGCUAUCAGUGAGAAGUUGAAUGAAACGAUUGUCGAAAAUAAUGAACUGACAGAGAAGAUACAAAGUCUUCAGGAUUUGAAUGUUAGCUUGCAAGAGAGGAUAGACGCAGUUACAGAAGAACUGAAAUGCGGAAGAGAAACUAAUGAAAAGUUACAGACCAUUGAUCUCUUGUAUUCUGAGUUACUCCAAAAACAUAAUCUACUAGAAAUCGAAUUGAAGAAGGCACAGCAGGAACUACACUCUGCCCAACAGCACAUCGACUCCUCUGAUCGUGAAGUUACAUCCCAAAUAAAUCAACUUGAUUCUGAGAAGAGGCAGUUACUAGAAAAAUGUGAAAGGCUAGAAGAUUUAAGAAUCAGUCUUAUUCAAGAAGUCGACUCUCUCAAAGAUGGUGUGGGCCUUUGUCAACAAAGGAUUUCAGAAUUGGAAACAGACAUUGCAUCGCGUAAAGAAAUCAAUAGACAGUUAGUCACCGAACUUGAAAAUCAAAGAGUGCAAACUCCCAUUUCAAAGGAAAAUCUCGAAGAUAUUGAGAAAUUGAAAUUACUUAUUGCUGAAAAAGAUAUGGAAAUUGAAAAUUAUCAGAGGAGAAACAUGCAGUUACAAAUGGCAACAUUCGACCUGCCAAAAUCUGAUAUUUCUAAUGUAUUUGAUAUGACAAUCGUAUCCGGCACAUUGAGUCCUACUGCGGAGAUUGACAAAUUGACCGAUCCAGUGGGCAAAAAAGAACAAGGGUGCACCAAAGCAUGUAUAGAGUUGGACAACGUCAAGCAACAAUUUGCUGAAUCUGAGUCGAGAUGUGAACGUUUGCUGAUCGAAAAAGAUCAUCUCGAAGCAAGCUUACAGGUUCUGCAAAUGGAUUACAAUAAAUGCUCAGAUGAGUUGGUUAGAACAAAAGAAAUUUUAUCUGAGAAGGAUCAAUUGAUUAAUUCAUUGAACUUGCAACUAAGUGAUUUCAGUAUCCAAUUAGAGAUGUGUAAUAAGCAACAAUCUAGCUACGAGGAAGAAAUUCACAGACUGUCAGGGAUCAUCACAUCGAAAGAUGAAGAACAGCAUGAAGCAGGAAUAUUUGUCAAUAAAAUCAUAUUGUUUGCAGAACAGAGGGUUAAUAAUAUUCGUUUAAAUCAGGAUGAAAUAAACACCACAAAUAGUCUUGGGCUCCAUAAAAUUGCAUCAACAUUUAAUGAUCUGUUAGCUGACUUAGAAAAUGUGAAACUUCAAAAAGACGAACUACUUUGUUCCCAGGAAUCAUAUAAAAAUGAGCUCAUAGCACUGAGAAGACAACUCACCGACGGUAGCACAAGUUUAAAUGACGAACAAGUUCAGGAAUUGAAAAAUCAAUUGGAGCGAAUCGUGGAUGAAAAGACUACACUACAAAAAUUGUUGCAAAUACAAGAGUUGUCCCUAAACGAUGUGAAGAGGGAAUUAGAUGAAGUUUCAAUAGAGAAGCAAUCGCUUGAAGCACAAUUAUCUGAUGUCAGAAACACGAUAAAUCAACUGAGUAAUUAUGGUGAUCAAGUCGAAGAGGUCGGGAAAUCAGUAUCUAAUUCGAAAGAACUGGAUGAGACUCUUGAGAAAACUGAGUGGGGUGCCGAAUUAAGCAGUAAAUUGGAUAUAGAAGAGGAAGGUUGGGGAUGGAGUGCCGAGGAGGCCCAGUUGGAAGAACAAUAUCAAAUAUCACCUGCUGUUUUGACUCCCAGUGUGGAAAUUCAGCUUCAAACUAGGGUGGCAGAACUCGAAGAUCAAAUAAAAACGUUAGAAUCAAAGAGAGACAAUCUUGAAAAAGAAAGUAAAACUAUGCAGUUGAAGAAUGUGAAAUUAGUGAAAAAACUCAAAGAAUUCAAGGUCCAAAAUGAUCUGUUACAGCAAAAAUUGCAACAGCAACAAUUGUCCACUUUCUCUGACUUAGAUACAGCUAUUGAAGAAGAAUUGAAAGCACAAAUCGAAAGUUUAGAAAAAAGUUUGAAGGAGGUGAAGCAAGAACAAAAGAAAGAUGUCGGGGCGAAAGAACACUUACAAAAGAGACUAGAAGUUUUAACAGCUGCGAAUGAGAGGUUUGUCGAAAUGAAAGAAAAACAGGACAUGGAGUUGGAGAUAUUGAAAAUUCAGAAUAAAGAACUAUCUCAUAAAAUACAAUCUUUGGAGUGGCAACUUCAAGAAAUGUCGUGUAGUAAUAAUCAAGAGGAAUAUGAUAUGACAUCAUCACAGAUCCAAAGUCAGUCUGGCCUUGCUCAAAGCAUAAACGAUCAAUCCUAUGCUCAAAUUUCCAGAGGUAAUGAACAGCCAGACCAGUUUACAAAACAAUUAAUGGAAGAGUUAAGCGAUUUAAAGGAAGAAAUGGAGGCACUUGCUUCGGAAAAUGAACAACUGCAACAUCUCUUGGCAGAGCAGAAGAGUCAAAGCACCUUUGCAAAGAUAAACGUUACAUCGGAAGUGACAGAUACUAAGAAUGAACUUGCAGAAGUUGUUCAACGUAACAGUGAUUUACAGAAAAACCUGAAUAAGUUAAAAGAGGAAUACAGUCUUCUCAGGAAACAAUACGAGCAGAGUCUUAUGGAUGCCAAUGAUCAAGUAACGGCAGUCCGGCAAAAUAAUGAUCUCCUAAACAUGGAAUUUGACAAUGAGAGACAGUCAUUUGCUAAAGAGGUGGGAGAGUGGAAAUUGAAGGUAGAUGAAUUAGAUCAGAAAUCACUGGAUGAUCAAAGAAAAAUUCUUGACCUUCAGCAAAAAAUAGAACUACUCAAUUCUGCUGAGGACAAAUUAUCUUUGGUUUCUACGUCCUUAGCUGAAGUAACAGAGCUAUUAAAUACAAGAGUUCAAGAAGUAGCCGAUUUAAAGCAAAACUCUCAACUACAAUAUCUUGAGAGAAUGGAAGCUGAAAAUAAAUUACAUAGCAAGAUAGAAGAUCUUUCUCAAGAAUUGAGCAGUACACAGCAAGAAUUGUUAAACUUGCGACAAUUAUUGUCUGAUAAGGAAAAAGAUUCUAUACUACAACAAAGCGUAGAAAUACAUAGACUAGAGGUUGAGUUAGUGAAUCGAGAACAGGAAAUAGAAAGGCUUAGACAUGCUUUGGCUGAUACAGAAAAUGGCCUGCAAGAGGAUGUUAGAAUGCUGCAAAAAGAAAGCGAACAAUUAAAAUCAGUGAUUGUUGAAAGAGACUCCAGUUUAAAAAAACUUAAUUUUGAACUACAGAGCUUGCGUCAGGAAUUAUCUGAAAAAGAAUCUUACUUAGAAAGGUACAUAGCUGAGCUACCUAAAUAUUCAACGAAAAUAGAAAAAAAUCGAGCCGAAGUCAAUGAAUCGAAGUGCGCAAUGUCUAAUCAGUGCACAAUGACUCAAACGGAAAUGACUGAUGACAAUUCAGCGAAUAUUCAAGAGAAGGAAGAACACAUUAAUGAACUCAAAAUAACAUUAGAUGAAAAAAAUUCUAUGUGUCAAUGGAAGGAUCAAGAAUUACAAAAAAUGUCUGACGAAUACAAUCGUUCCUUUGAAGAAAUCUCUCGACUCAAAGAACAAAUUGACAAUAAAAAUAUAGAAUUAGAAAAAUUGAAUGAUAUUCUGCUUCAACAAGAAGCUAUCAUCAAAGGAAAUGGGCUUGGAUUGAAUGAAACCCAGAAACAUACCAGAAACUUCGAUCAAUCUACAUCGGUUAUACAGACGUCAGUCUUGCAAGAUGCAGUGCCAUUGGCAGAUACUUUACCAAGAUUUAGAAUGUCUAGCAAUAACGAUUUCCAGGUUGAGACGGAUGUUGAAACAUUGAGAUCAAAGCUGAGAGAACAGUCGGAAGAAAUCGAACAUUUUAAAUAUAUGCUAAGUAAAAAUACAUAUCCAGAUAUUAUUCAACAGUUACAAGACAACAUAAAUCAAUUACACAAAGAUAAAUAUGAGACUGAGCAAUCGUUGAAAGAAAAAAUUCAGCUGCUAAACAAUCAGUUGAAUUCUAAGGAUAUUGAAAUUGAGAAACUCAAACAACAAGUUAUCUUGAACGAACAUGAGAUCAUUCCAAGAGAAAGUCAUGGAUCAGUUGCAACGAAACGAACAUCGUUGAUUGAUCAGGAAAAAAUAUUGAAGCUGCAGGACGAAUUACACAAAAAAGAGCAAGAAAUCAACGAACUGCGGUAUGUUAUUACAGAAAGACAUUCGCAAAUUUCCCUUGAAGCUAUUUCCGGUCCACAAUUUGAUGAAUACACAGCUCAGGAAACAAUUCAAAGAUUAAAGGGUGAGCUGUAUGGCAAGGAACAAGAAGUUGAAAGCUUGAAGGUAACUUUGGCAGAAAAAGAGAAGGAUAUUGAAGAGUUAAAAAUUGUCGAAAAUCUCAUGAAAGAAGAUAAAAAUCUGAUAUUAAUGUUAUCAUCUGAAAAAGAAUCAAUCAAAGAUGAGGCUGAGAAAGCAUUACAAUCCCAACUUGCGGGAAAAGAAGCUGAGAUUGAUGCAUUGAAACAGUACUUAGUGAUAGAAAAUCAAGAUUUGCUCAAUACAUUACAAUUGAGAGAUGUAGAUGUACAGAAUUUAACGACACAAAUAGAAAAUAUGAGUUCAGAUUACAAUACAAAUCUGCAUUUCAAAAGUGAGGAACUUUUACUCUGUAAGGCCAACUUGGCUGAAAAAGAACGGGCUCUAGAAGAAAUCACUAUUGCCAAAGAUGCUGAAAUUCAUAAACUUGCAGUUCAAAUUCAUGACAAGGAGAUUCGCAUCAAAGAAUUGCUUGCCUUAUCAGAAGAGGAAGAGAGACAAUUAAAUGAACUACGGCAGAUUGUCGAAACUAAAGAAGGAGAAAUCAGUAAUCUGAAAGUUUUAUUAGCUGAAACAGUACAAGAGUACGAAAUAAUACAAAAAGCAUUGAAAAAAGGUAAAAAUACUGGCACUGCACAGUUAGGGGCAGCUGACACUCAAACGGCGUCAACAACUCCCGCACAUGAUCAAUCAGAGGAGAGUGAAAACUCGUCCCGUUCAGGUGUUGUCUCGGUCGAGGGUGAAUUAGAUCUUGCCCUUUAUAUGUUACAUCAAAGGGAUGUCAGGUGUGAAGAACUGACACUGGAGUUAAUGCAGUUGUUACAAGAACGUGAUACCCUACAACUGAGACUAUCUAAUGCUAUAAGGAUCAACGAAGAAUUGAGAAAACAGAAAUUAAUAACUCCAAACCCUAAGAAAGAUUCCCCAUUGACGUCUUCGGAGGAGCCACUGGUGGAGCACCCGUCUCCAUCAAAAACAGGGGGCCCAGUUGAAAUUGCAAAGGAAGCUUUUGAUGUGGACACCUCUUCUGUUGGAGAAGAUAGAGACGUUCUUGCCCAAAAGCUGUCACAGUUACAUACUGUGCAUCAAAGACGGGAUGUGACAUUAUGUGAUGAACGAGAAUCUAGGCACACCCAGCAAAUGUCCUUUGUUGCCCGUAGGGAUAUGCUGAGUUCUUUACCCCCUGAAGCAGCUGCCAGAUUGGUGAACGCCAACUAUACACUUUCACGGGACGUCCAAAGCCAGUCAAGCGUUCUGAUGAAUUGGCUCUGGGGAAAAAGCACGCCGAAAGUAAUGCACAUGUGAUGAAAGUGAUUUGAAUAUGACUAAAUCCUAUCAAUGCAUAUUCUCCUAUGGAUACAUUCCGCACGUGAUCAGCCUGACCUUGGAAGUAGUCCAUUAAACCAGCACUUAUUGAACAGCUUAAAAUAUCUGAGAACAUAGAAGAGUUUGGAUGGAAUUUUUAGGAGGGUAAUGUCGUUCAGAAAAAGUUGAAUUAUGGUGGUUAAUGUUGGAUAUAUUAUAACACCGCAGCCAUCUUUUCUCCAGCAAAAGAAAAUAAUAAUAAAUAUUCGUCGAUGAUUCAACAAAAUUAUUUCAAUGACACAGCGUUAAGGGUUACAGAUAUAUUUUGUAAAGACUUAGUUGGUGGAAAGUUAUAUUUAUUUCAGCGAUUGGUAGCUCAAGUAUCCAUUACUUAUCCGGUAGAAUAGUAUUCUAAAAAUUCUAUCCACUCACAGUGGAAUUUGACACCAAUCCAUGCCCUGUGAUGCAUUUAUGAAAUAUUCAAAUCGUAAGAUACAUGAAAGAUUGGGGUAUUAAAUUUUUAACAAAAAAAUUGAAAAAGUGAAAUAACAUAAGAAGCGAAAUAAAAUUUCUUAUAAAAUAUGUUGCAAAAUAUUGUAUUAUAUAGUAAUAGAGAAUAUCAUUGUGUAUAAUAACGAUGAGGGAAAUAUUUAUAUAAGAAUGCCUUGAAAUAUUGUAAUUUCAGUGAAAAACUUUUAAUCAUUUAAUUGUAAUUAUUGGAAUAAAUGCUGAUGUUGUUAUACCAAAA